AAACACACUGUGAUGAACUUUAGAGGCCAACCGAUGUACCCUUCUUCUUGCUGAUUAGUGAGUACCAAAAUUGUUUAGACCGAAUAAUACGAGCUAAAUGUACUCGUCUAGCAGAAAAGAUGCGCACACUUUGAUUCCAAGUAGUUGUUUUUGCUUUUACUAUAUGACGCAUGAAAUCUCUUGAAGAUUAUUUUUGAAGACUAUGCUGUGUGUUCACCGAGAAAGUUCAGCUCCAACUUUGCCUAUUCAACAGUUUUAUAUCGGAAGCGAUGAUGGUUAUGGUAUUGCUGAUGAAAUACAUAAUUCCACCGUUCUGCCUGUUCAUCAAACAAAACAUAUCAGCCUAUCGUCUAAUGAACCUGUGAAAUCUAUUUCAAUUGAUUACUGUAAACAGAAACCCAUUUUGUACUCACAACCUGUUGUACCUGAUUUACAUUUACAACCACCAUGUGCUCAAGAGAUAACUGAUUUUCCUGGUGAGACAUCAGCCCAAUUAUCUACAAAUUCUGAUCACCAAUUUACCCAACCAUCAAGAACCACUGAUAAUCCUGUUGAAAAUCUUAAACCACCUAGUGAUCCAACUAGAAAUAUUCGACCUCAUGUCUCAGAUAAAGAAGGAUAUGAAAUAAAUGAAGAUUUUUUACGUGAACCAGCUCCAAAUGGUGGUUGGGGUUGGCUUGUUGCACUAGGGAGUUUUCUAUGCAUCUUUGCUGUGGAUGGUGUGUGCUUCACUUUUGGUCUACACAUUAAUGAAAUGAUUCACGAAGGACAGUUCAGAAUAGAUCCAUCUGACUCAAAUGAGUCACAAAGAAAACCAUCUUUAGCUUUGUUAAGCUUGCCUGGAGCAUUACUGUGUGGGAUGUAUUUUUUAUUCGGUCCGUUUACGGGUGCUCUGGUAAAUCGUUUUGGCUAUCGUAUAGUUGCAUCAGUUGGUGCAGUCAUUACUUCAUUAUGCUUUCUAAUAAGUGCUUUGUUCAUUUAUGAUUUGGUUACAUUCAUCGUUGUAUUUGGUAUAAUAGGUGGAAUCGGUUGUAGUCUAGUUUAUUUACCGGCAAUUACAGUUAUCGGACAUUGGUUUGAAGAACAUCGAGCUUUCAUUGUUGGCAUUGUAAUGUGUGGUGGAUGUUUAGGUGCCGGUUUAAUGGCUAUUAUUACACCUCAUUUAGCAGUUCAUUUCUCAUGGCGUGGUAGUCUCAUUCUCAUUAGUGGAUUGUUUAGUCAAACCUUAGUUGGUAUAGCGUUAUUUCGUCCUGUGAGUGUACAUGAAAGAAUAAGAGCUAUUAGAUCAUUAAAAGAAGUAGAGAAGAAACAAAUCCAACGAAAAAAGUGCAAAUUGAAUUGUUUGCUAUCUAGUCAUAAACCAAAACAUCAUUCUGUAAAAAAAAUUGCAAUUCAACGUGGUUCUAUUAUGGCUCGUAUUAUUGAAGAAAAAUCACGUCAACGAACGACAUCUACUGGGAGUUUAGAUGGAAUGGUAAUAACACGUGAAAAUGAACUUGUAGCUCUAUCAUCUGAUGCGUACGAAGUGGUCAAAGCUGCUGCUGUCAUUUACAGUGCUAAUACUAAUAAUACUGUAUCAAUAAAUGCUAAACAAAAGGAAGAAAUAGGAAUACAAAAGAAAUUUGAAGAAAAUCAUUUAUCAUCAUCAUUUGAAUCAACAUCUUUUGAACAAUUAAAGCCUAGUAAUAGUACGAAUGCAAAGAGUAAUAGUUUAAGAUAUUCUCUAGAUAAUAAUCGUAAAAAUCUACAAACACUAACUGAAGGAUUUCCUAUGUCAUCAUUUGAUCAAACAACAGAGAAAUUUCAAACAAACUCACAACCUCCUUGUAUUGCAGUACUUCCUCCGCCUGUGCAAUUCAGUCGUGCUGCUGUACGACGUAUAGCACGUGCAAUCUUACAAAAAUUACACGGACAAAGUAGACUGCCGUUUUCACCAUCAAUUACUUCUAUAUCAACUGGUUCAAGACAAGUUAUAGCAUCAUCUUUUCGAUUUAGUGGUGAUAAUCGUAUUGAUUCAUGUGCAAAUUUUAGUACACCAUAUACAAAUAGUUCACGAAAUGUUCAUUAUGACAGAGUCAGUCAAGUUUAUCUAUAUGAUAUAUGCCAUAGAUCAGUAGCUACAAAUAUAUGGAAAGGAAAAAGAAGUUUAUGUGCCUCCUCUUUGUAUAGUGAAUUGGUUUCAAAUGCUAGAGAUUCGGUAGCUUCAUCUGCUCCUGUACGCCAUUUAUCAACAGCAGUGAACCGUUCUAUCUCUGCACAAGAAUCUCAUAUUCGAUUGAAAUUAUCAACACCUGAUUCACCUUCAGCAUUAACAUCUUUAAUCAGUUUAGAUUCUUAUACAGGGCAUAUUAUAUCACGUGAAUUGAAUAGUCUUCUGUUAGAUCAAUCUAUUAAACUAGCUAUACUGAAUGAUAUACGUCGUGAGUUAAGUCGUCCAAAAUAUCGUCCAGAUUUUUUCUACGCUGGUAAUAAACAUAAACUUCCCUUGUAUCAUGUGCCUGAAUAUACAACAUCUAAACAAUUACCAUGUGAUGCAAAUUACGCUUUAAAAGAGUUGACAAUUCAAUCACAUAAUCCCACUGUAAAUCAAUGUCCAAAUCUAUUCGAAGGUGUUAUUCCUGUAGAGAAUAUCAUGUUAACUCGAAAUAAAUCACUUAUACCUGAUAAUCAAAAAUUUGACGUACUCAUUCAUUCAUCAAAACAAAAUAAGAGUAUUUCUAAUCUUCAAAAAUUUAUUACUUCACCAAAACUCAAUGAAUUAUUCUCCUAUCUCGCAGAUAUGUUAGAUAAUCAAAUACUUAAGAGUUUUACAUUUAUUGUUAUUUCAAUUGCAUGUUUUGUAAAUAUGUUGGUAUUUUUAGUUCCAUUUCACUACCUUCCACUUUUAUUGGAUUACGGUGGUCUUGAAUGUUAUUUUAAUUCAUUUUGGUGUCCGAAUGGAUUGACCGAUGAGAUUAAAUAUAAUAGAACAUCUGGUCAAUUUGACCAAUCAACUGUUAAAUAUAUCAACGCUUUAAAGAGAAACUAUGCAUUUCCUAGUUCAGAAUCCCUUUUUUUAACGAUCGGUUGUGCUAGUAUUCUUGGUCGUUUAUUUGCAGGAUUGUAUAUUGAAAAGGGUUUGAAUACAAAUCGAAAAUUUUUGUGUCGGUUUCCUCUCAUGGUAGAUCCUAUGCUCCUGAACAAUUUCGCUUUAAUUGUUUGUGGACUUUCAGUUAUCUCAUUUCCAUUAGCAAUUCAUGGUAUUCUGUUGACAAAAAUUUCGAACCAGUCUUCGUCUGAACACCUUAUGCAAGCAUGGUCUUUAAAGUUUCGGCGUCAUUUGUUAUAUCUCGGUAGUAUAGUGUAUGGUUUAACUAAUACCAUAUCAAUUUCUUUACGAAGUGUUAUUCUUGUUGAGUUAUUUGGUCUUCAUCGUCUGACAAAUGCAUUUGGAUAUUUACUUAUUUUCCAAGGCCUUGGUGUAAUUUGUGGACCUCCAUUAUUCGGUCUUUUUUCGGACCAAGCUUGUCAUGGAUGUUUAGAUAGUCGUCCAUUUUGUGAAUCUAUUCCAAUACAGUUUACAUCAACCGGUCAUAAAGAAUGUACAAUGCGUUUAAUAUUAUCUUUUUAUAUUUGUGCAGGAUUACUCAUUUUGUCAAGUAUCUUAUUUAUGCCACUGCGUUGGUUAGCCCAACAUGAUCCAUAUCGUAAUGCACAUAUGUUACAGUCAUCAAUAAAUAUUUCAAGUAAUGCACCUCAAUUAGAUGAAGAUAUUUCAUUUUCACUUGGAUUAGGUCAAGGUGAAGUAUAUGAUCCUCAAGAAACACAGACUACGCAUGUACUGAAAAAGAAAAAAGGACACUGAAAUACCCGGGUGACCUGCUUGAAUAUCUGGACUACCUGUUCCUGUCAUUUAGAUAUUUCAACAAGUUAUAUAUUUCCUUGCUUGUUUUAACAGAUCAUUAUAUCAGUUAAUUGCAUAGCCUAUUCAAGUGCGUUUGUGAAAAUUUCACGACAUUUCGCUGCACAACUUACAAACAUUUACAAUCGGAGGCAUCAUGUUGGCAAGGAAUAUGCAUUGAAAAGAAUGAAUAUUAUUCAGAUUUUGACUUUUGUAAUACUAAUAUCUAACUGGCAAUCACUCAAUAUUUAUCGUCAAUUUCGAUCAAGAAAAUAAGAAAUGGAAACUCGCUCAAAUAAUUUAUGCUGAGAAUUCUAUAUCGUACCAAAAGUCGAAUAUUGAAUAAAGCUAAUAAUAGCAUUACUACUACUACUACUACUAC